AUGUCUACAUUCCCUCAACCUUGGAUCUCGACCGUGUCCCAUUGGCAAGCUACCAAUCGAGGACCGACAUCAUUGUAUUUACAUAACAGCGAGGCUGAUUUGCCCACUACCGCGGAUGUAGUCAUCAUCGGUGGUGGUAUGAUGGGCAGUGCUCUUUCGUACAAUCUCACUAGACCAGGAGCAUACGGAGAUGGGAAGAAAAUCGUUUGUGUAGAAGCUAAAGAUGUCGCCAGCGGAGCUAGCGGCAGGAAUGGCGGUCAUGUUGGACCAUCAACAUAUUACGGAUGGAAUCUUCAUCAACAACCUUAUCCGUUGGGUUUAGGUUGUUCUGCUGAAGAAGCUACCAGGAUUAUGCAGAAUGAACGAGAUAAUUUGGACUUGGUAGAAUCUAUCGUCAAAAAAGAAGAUUUGGAUGUCGAUUUCUGGCGCGGUGAAUUGAUUGAAACUCAUCAUUCGGCUGAAGAGACUGAAGAAAGCAAAAGACAAUACGAAGCUUGGCUUCAAGCUAGAAAAGAUUACGGAUUUACCAGCGAUCACGAUACGAGAUUCGUUGAUGAGCGAACUGAAGCGACAGAACUUUCUCGCUUCAAAGGCGUGACCUCAAUCCACAUACGUCCAGCAGGAAGCGUUCAUUCGCAUAAACUCGCGACGGCGUUGAUGCAAUGUGCCAUCGAUUCCACUGCGGCAGACUUCUCCUUUUACUCUUGGACUCCAGUAUCAGGGUUCCCGGAGGAAGUUGCUGGAGGAGAUUGGCUAGUCAAAACGUCGAAAGGCAAUAUACAAGCUAAAAAAGUCAUUCUUUGCACUAAUGCUCAUACUCCAAAUUUCUUCCCCAAAGACGAUCCUCUGCAUACUCAUAUCCAACCAAAACGUAGUCAUUGUGCUUUGAUUACCCCUCCACCCACUUACUCGGGAGCUCAAGCAUUGAAAAACACCUAUAAUAUGAGUGACGAUCAUUACCUUGUUCAAACACCAAUGGGAGGAAUCGUUAUCGGAGGGGGACUUCCAGGUCUGGUCCGAGAUGACAAGUUCAAGGCUGAGGAUUCCUUUGGUCAAAUUGACGAUAGUGAAGCUGGUAUCGAUCCUGCUUACAAAGAACACUACAACAACUAUCUCAAAGAUAACUUUAUUGGCUGGGGACCAGAAGGCUAUGGCGAAGGACUAACAAGAAUCUGGGUUGGUAUUCUCAGUACAGUCAAAGAUGGAGUUCCCCUUGUAGGAGAGGUUCCAGGAAAGAAAGGUGUUUUGUUGAACGCAGGUUUUGCUGGUCAUGGAAUGUCCCGAAUAUUUACCGUUGCUCGAGCGUACGAGAAUAUCCUGAGAACUGGUACUUGGGAUGAGAAUCUUCUGCCGAGAUCUUUCGAACUCACUUCAGAACGUCUACAAAGUGUUCUAAAAGCUCAACAAGCAUUCGAAGCUAAGAAUGGAACUGGGAAGAUAACUGAUAGCGAAGGUGUGAUUUAUGAGACCAAAACAACUGAGAAAGCGGGAAAGUGCGUUAUCCAAUAG